AUGCCACCUGAGAGUGAUUCACAAGACGUGGACUCUACGCCUCCUCAGGCUGUCUUCGACCAGGAAGAUCAAGGAGAGUUGAUGAAUGAAAAGAAAGAUGAAGGAGAUGAGACCAAUCUGGACGUGUUUUGGGACGAGCCCAUUGAGCAAGACCCUUCAAAUCCUAUGAACUGGAGCUCAGCUCGCAAAUGGACCAUCGUCGCAACAGUUUCCUGGGUUACAUUUUUGACCCCACUCGCAUCGUCUAUGUUUGCGCCCGGUGUUACUCAGGUUAUGACGGAUUUUCAUAGUGAUUCGGUUCUCCUCGCUACCUUUGUCGUUUCGGUAUAUGUCCUCGGAUUCGCUUUUGGGCCACUAAUAGUAGCUCCAUGGAGCGAGUAUAGCGGUCGUGUCGUCGUCUAUAAUACAUGCAACAUGCUUUUCUUCGUCUUCAACAUUGCCAGCGCGUUAGCUCCAAAUAUGGCUUCUCUGGUCGUCUUUCGAUUCUUGGAUGGAGUGGCGGGUGUCGCACCGACAACUAUUGGGAGUGGGACCGUUGCAGACAUUAUUCCAACAAAGAGCCGAGGACGAGCUAUGGCUCUUUGGUCCUUGGGGCCUCUUUUUGGACCUAUCAUUGGGCCGGUUGUUGGUGGGUAUUUGGUCGAGGCCAGGAAUUGGCGAUGGGUUUUUUGGGUACUUUCUAUUGUUGGCGGAUUUUCGACGAUUGCUUUCUUCUUAAUAGUUCCCGAAACCCAUGCCCCAACUCUACUCGAGCGAAAAGCAGCGCGCCUUCGGAAAGAGACUGGGAAUAUGGGAUAUAAGUCUCAGUUAGAUGAUGGCAUUCCUACAAAACAGAGAUUCCUACAAAGCUUUUUACGUCCGUCGAAAAUGCUUCUAUUCUCGCCAAUUGUAGCAUCCAUGUGUAUUUACAUCGCUGUUCUUUAUGGUCUGCUCUACAUUCUGUUUACAACAUUCACCGAAGUAUUUGAGGGCCAGUACGGAUUCUCAUCUGGUGCGAGUGGCCUCUCUUUUCUAGGAAGUGGGGCCGGCAUGCUGCUUGGGCUUCUAUACGCUGCGACCCUCAGUGAUCGCAUGAUAAGAUUGAGAAUCCAACGAAACGAGGAGCCUCAACCAGAGGAUCGACUUCCUUGGUAUUUUACCAUACCUGGAUCUCUCAGUGUCCCCGCAGGAUUGUUCAUAUAUGGAUGGGGCACUGACAAACAGGUCCAUUGGAUUGUUCCUGAGAUUGGAAAUGCAGUGACAGGAUUUGGAAUGAUCCUCACCUUGAUGGGUAUUCAGACUUAUCUUGUCGAUGCAUUUACGCGGCAUGCGGCAAGUGCUAUCGCUGCUUGUACUGUCCUACGGAGCUUGGCUGGAGGUCUUCUCCCACUUUGCGGACUGAAGCUGUAUGACAAACUAGGCUUGGGUUGGGGGAAUACCCUGUUGGCGUUUCUUGCGCUAGGAGUAUCCCCCAUCCCCUUUUUAUUCAACCUGUUUGGGGCGCAGUUAAGAGCUCGAUCCAGGGCUCCAAGCUAG